UUCUUGAUGGCUCCUACAUCCAAAACUCUCAUCCAUCUAUACUGGAACAACUCAAGAACUGUCCAGAUCUCACUGUUGGUCAAUCAACUGCAGUUAUAACCCUUCUGACCAAUGGAAAUACACCUUAUGGAGAUCCUUCAACAUGGAAUGAACAAACUCUAAAAGACCUUGGGAUGCUAACUCUGCAUUUGCCUUCAUCUUUCUAUCAGCACUUUGAUCAGGACACAAAGCGUAACUUCUUGAAAUACUUUCUGAACGUUUUUGGUGGAGUGAGCAGAGAACAGAGGAAGCAACUGAAGAAGGAGAUAAGACAGUCCAUCAAAAGUGAUUCAGACCAGACUGCAGAAUGCACAGUUGGAAUAAUCACUCAGGUCACAAUCAGUGACCCCACCUUCCCCUUUGACUAUAACAUCAACCAAUUCAACAACUGUCUGUCAGUUUCAACUGUCAAAGACAACUUGGAUGGCAUCACAGAAAAGGUGGAUGAGGUGGAAUACCUCAGGAUUGUUCUCCAGAAACUGCAAGACGCUGAAAACUCCAUCAUUCCAGAAGAUCAGGUUCAGCUCCUCGGUGCAAUUUCUCGAGUUGCCACAGUUCAGGAUAUUCUUUCAUGGACCAUCAGUAAAAUCGACACGCUUGCUGCUUUGAUGGACUCUUCAAAUGGAGGCUGGGACCCAAGCUUAGCUAAGGUUAUCAUCUCUAAGUAUCUGGCUGUGGGAGGAAACAAACUAGGCAGUGCAGAGCUGAAUGUUAUUGGGGGACCAAAUCUCUGCUCUCUAGAUGUGGAUGUCAUCAGGACUAUUUCAUCACAAAGCUUCAGAGAAGUUGACUCUUUGGACAUCUCUAGCUGCACUACUGACAAAAAGAAAGAGUUUUUCCGUAUCUCCUUUGAAGCAUUCAGCCUUACAACAAGCUCAGUUUCUGUUUUUCAGCUCAUACAACCAUACAUCGGAGGUGCAAAUGUUAAUUAUAUUCGUAGUUUGGUGGUCUCUGGUGUUAACAUGGACCUGGCCACCUUCACCAGUUUGGAUGAAAACGUUGUGCUGGUCAGUGUUAUGUUUAUGUCUUAA